GAAUUCACUGCGUGACACUAAAAACUUGCUCCCCGGCAGUAAACGACCACUCGACACAAAGCUCAGGUUACUGCACGGCUAGGUAAUCGUAGCAUUAUCCGUGUAGUUAAACAGCUAGCCGUAGCAGCGCUUGCACAGCCUGCCUUCCGCCGACGUGCACUUCCCCCACUCUCCCUCCAGCCGGCUAGCCGCAGCGUUAGUCCGGUGCAGAAAAUGAAGCGACCAGCAGCAUUUUGGGACGCUGUGGGGCUGUUUGGAUUCUGCUGAUGCAUGAGGAGACGAUAUUGUAUUUGUGAGAUCUCUGUCAAGGAGGUCAAAAUUAGUGCAGGGGAUGGACGAGCAGAAAUCCAACUGCGAAGAGAAUGACUCUGAACCAACAGCUGAUGACAGUGCCACUGCAACAAAGCUUGUUUCUUCUGAGGAUUCCAAGGCCCUCCCUGCUGCUACGGAUGAGUCGGACGGUACCGCAUCCUCUUCCAGCACACCUGUAGAGAGUGUUCGUGCCUGUGCGCUUUGUAACUGUGUGGAGCGGAGUCUGCAUGGACAGCGGGAACUGAGACACUUUGGGCCAUCCUCAGAGCAGCCAACCCUCAAGCCAUCAGCUUCCCCACUGCCACAGCCCGGAAAUGAUGACCUGUCUUCCAUUGGAUUUUCUGAGUCCUCUUGUCUGACGGCACUCCUUGAUGACUCAGGGGGUUGUUGGGUUCACCACUGGUGUGCGGUGUGGUCAGAGGGAGUGAAGCUGACAGAGGAUGAGGAGCUGGAGAACGUGGAUAAGGCCGUUAUCUCAGGGACACAGCGGCUUUGCGAAUACUGCAAAAGGCUGGGUGCAACCAUUCGAUGCCAUGCCAAGGGCUGCUCACGGUUCUACCACUUCCCCUGCUCGGCGGCCAGCGGCUCCUUCCAGUCCAUGAAGCAGCUGGUCCUCCUCUGUCCAGAGCACAUAGACAAGGCGGAGGAGCUGGCUGGUGAAGAGGCUUGGUGUGCAGUGUGCGACUCGGCUGGAGAGCUCACAGAUUUGCUGUUCUGUACGAGUUGCGGCCAACAUUAUCAUGCGGCCUGUCUUGAGAUUGGUGCCACGCCCAUCCAGCGGGCGGGAUGGCAGUGCCCAGAGUGUAAAGUGUGCCAGACCUGCAGACAACCCGGGGAAGACUCCAAAAUGUUGGUAUGCGAUUCUUGUGAUAAGGGGUACCACACCUUCUGUCUCCAGCCAGCCAUGGAUUCGCUGCCCUCUGACUCUUGGAAAUGCAGAAGGUGUCGUGUAUGCACGGAGUGCGGAGUUCGUGGAUUGGCGCUGCCUGGCUCGGCCCAGUGGUUCGAUAAGUACGCCGUGUGUGAGGCAUGUCAGCAGCACCGCAGUUCGACGUGUGGUGUGUGCAGUAAAGCUGCAAACCCAUCUCUUGCUCUUCAAUGCUGCAGCAUGUGCCAGAGAUGGGUGCACAGUGAGUGUGCUUCUUCAGCGGGGGAACUCCCAGAUGCCAAGGUCAUCUGCCUGCUUUGCAAGGAGGAUCAGCAGCAGCAGCAGCAACCCGGUGCCCAGCCAUCUAUGCCAGAGAUAAAGGCCAACGAGUCAACUGAGGAGACCAAAGGGCAUGAAAAUUUGGUGGAAAUGACAAUCCAAAUGGAUGCUGGAAUUGUGACAGAAGAGCAGACGGAGCAGAAAGAGGUGACGCCAGGACAGAAAGGCACGUCGGAUACGGCGCAAGUUGAAGAGGCAACUGAAAAAGAGACGCCAAUGGAUUUAGGAGAGGAGUCUCAAGCUGUUCAAACACCAGAUGUUGGGGAGGCGGAGCCACAGGUAGCAGCAGAAGGAUCCACUUCUGAGGGACCAGCUGCUCCAGUCUUAUCCACAGAUGCAGAACAGGCAACAACAGAAGAGAGAGGGUCUUGUGUACCUGCUGAUGAAGAGCAGACAGAAAAAGAACUCGGCGCCUCGAUUCAAACCUCCCCUUCCCAAGAUUCCCAUGUGGAGACCCCCUCGAAAAGCACCUCGAAAGAUGAGCUAACGGCAGCGUCACAGCAAGGAACUGAAAAUAUGGAGGUGGAGACAAAGGAGGAAGAACAAGACGUCAUUCCCUCAGUGAAGCAAGAACCAUCCCAUGAAAGAAUUGGAUGUGAUGAUAUCCCCGUUGCAGAACCAACGAGCGAUGUUCCACAGAGGUUACCAGCAUCUACAAUCUCUGUGGACAGCAGCCAUGAAAGGAGCCCAUGCCGGGAAGCUCUGACUCCUCCACUUACUUUAUCAGCAGUCAUACAUGAGAGCCUCUCUGGUGAGGACACGGAGGGGAGGUUGGCACCUCAGUCUGAAGAGGAGGAGGAAGAGGAGGACGACGAGCAGAUGAAAGGAGAAGGACACAUUGUUGACAUAAAGCAGGAACCGCAGGAGCGAGAAGUGAAGCCUGAAUUAUUGCUGGAUGAGACAUCCAACCUGAGCCACGGGGACGAGAGCAGCAGUGGCUUUUUGGGCUCUCCGGGGGAACCCGAGUCUCACCUCUCCAUGGAGCUCGGCCUGGUGCCUGCAGGCCGCUCACACACGGAUAACCUGCUCACUGAGACCGACGACUCGCUUCCCUUUGAACCCCUCAGAAGUGACAGGGAGAAGGCGAAGCGUAGAGGAUCCCCAGGCCGCUCUCGGGUCAAACAGGGGCGAAGCAGUAGUUUUCCCGGCAAGCGUAGACCUCGGGGUGGAGCUGGUGGUGGAGGAGGGAGAGGGAGAGGAGGACGAUCACGCCUCAAAGCCAUGGCCUCCUGCAUUGAUGCCUUCUUGCUGAGCAUGACCUCAGACACUGGACUAAGCAAGGAGGAAGAGGAUGAGGAAGAUGAUACAAUGCAGAACACAGUGGUUCUCUUCUCAAACACGGAUAAAUUUGUCCUUCUCCAGGACAUGUGUGUUGUGUGUGGCAGUUUUGGAAAAGGGCUGGAGGGGCAGUUGCUGGCUUGUGCUCAGUGCGCACAGUGUUAUCACCCGUACUGCGUGAACAGCAAGAUCACCAAGACUAUGCUCCGUAAAGGCUGGCGGUGUUUGGAGUGUAUUGUGUGCGAGAUGUGUGGGAAGGCUUCAGACCCGUCCCGUUUGCUGCUGUGUGACGACUGCGAUGUCAGCUAUCACACCUACUGCUUGGACCCACCCCUGCACACUGUACCCAAGGGUGGAUGGAAGUGCAAAUGGUGUGUGUGCUGUGUGCAGUGUGGCUCCAACUCUCCAGGUUUCCACUGUGAGUGGCAGAACAACUACACUCACUGUGGCCCCUGCGCCAGCCUCGUCACCUGUCCGGUGUGCCGUGAGAACUUCAUGGAGGAGGAACUGCUCCUGCAGUGUCAAUAUUGUGAUCGAUGGGUUCAUGCUGUCUGUGAGAGUCUGUACACAGAAGAUGAGGUGGAGCAGGCUUCUGAUGAAGGGUUUGCGUGCACGUCCUGCACCCCAUAUGUUCCCAAACCUGUGGUAGUAGAGUCAGCAAUUAUGGCUUCAAUAAAGAUCAAAGAGCCAGAGCCCCAGUUCUACCGAUUGGAAGGUGUGUGGCUGACGGAAUCGGGCAUGUCCCUGCUGCGCAGCAUCUCCAUGUCUCCUUUGCACAAGCGACGACAACGGCGCUCCCGACUCGGCACUCUGUGCAGUGAAGGAGGUCCUGAUGGGAUGGAUCUCAGGGAGAUGGAAGGAGAUGGGGAGGAUGGAAAAGGUUGUGGGGAGCCGAUGGAUUGUGACGCCAAGAUGGAACAACCUGGGAGCCCAGACAGGGACGGUGGUUUAGAAGGCGGUGCCGAAGGCAUGGCUGACUGUGAGGGUCUUAAAGGCGGGACUGAGGAGAUGGAAGACAGCAAAAAAAGGAAGCGAAAACCUUACAGGCCAGGAAUUGGAGGCUUCAUGGUGCGGCAAAGGAAGUGUCACACACGAAUGAAGAAGGAGUUUUUUGCCCAGCUGGCUGGAGAGACGAUGUUGGAUGGUCAGCCAAUAGAGCGAACUAUCGAAGAAGGACCCCAUCCUGAUACUGAUAACAUAAUGGAUCCAAAGCCUGUGGAGGGCGAAGAACAGGCCAAGAAACGUCGAGGCCGGAAGAAGAGUAAACUUGAAGACAUGUUUCCCGCAUAUCUCCAGGAGGCUUUCUUUGGCAAGACAUUAAUAGACUUGAGCAAGAAAGCUGUGAUGAUACCUCCGGGCCAGAGGCCAGGCGGAUGCCUUGUCCGACCUUCAUUACCAGCACCGACAGGGAUUAAAUCUGCUGGCUCAGAGACUGAAGCCAAGGAUCAGACGAUGGAAGGUAAUUUUCCUCUCAAGCAAGAAAGGGGUGAGGCCCCCCAGGCUCAGGGAGAUAGUACCGCACCUCCGACUCCAUCCUCAUCGCAGAAGAACCUGAUGUCAACUGAUCUUCAUGACUCUGAUGCAGAAAAAAGUGAAGGUCUUCCACAAGGGGUUGAGAGUCAGGACUCUGAGCAAUUCUUUAGGAAAGUUUUGGGAGUGUCUGAUGGCUCCUCUUUGGGUGGCAUGAAGCCCAUCUUAGAGGGCAGUAAGGGAGAAAAUCGUAGUGCUCUGCCUCAAAGAGCUCUCCUCUCAGGGUCCCUUCCCUCAACUGGAAUGAUGGACGCUUUUCCUGGACUCUCUCAGUCACCCUUCUAUGACAUGCGGGACCGAGGAGGAUUGUUCAGUCCAGAUGGGGGUGAGGAGAGCCCCUGGGCCACUCCCUCUACCCCAGCUACCCCGUCCUCUCCACCAACCCCCACAGAGGCAGAGGGUGACGGCCUGUCUUACAACCAGCGAAGUCUCCAGCGCUGGGAGAAAGACGAGGAGCUCGGAGAGCUGUCAACCAUUUCCCCUGUUCUUUAUGCUAAUACCAACUUCCCUAAGCUCAAACAGGACUACCCAGAUUGGGCAAGUCGCUGUAAACAGAUCAUGAAGAUCUGGAGAAAGGUUUCGGCUGCUGACAAGGCUCCAUAUCUGCAAAAGGCCAAAGAUAAUCGAGCAGCUCAGAGGAUCAACAAGGCACAGAAGCAAGCAGAAAGCCAGGUGUGCAGGCCAGUCAAGACAGAACCACAGCGUGUGAAGGGCGAACGGCCAAACCUCCACCUCCAGAUCCCUCCACCCUCUGGCUCCACAUCGAUAUCAUCGCAGCCCAGCUCUGCAGAAAGCCCAUUUCCCUUCCCCCCAGAUUCCGGAUCAUCCUCUGUCUUUUUCUCAGAUGGACCUGUCAAGACCCCAUUAUCAGCUGAAAUGCGAACUGAUCCUUUGACCAAGCUUCCUCCUCAGUCACCUCAUUCUCACUCACACCCAGCUACGCCCUUCUCUCACGCUGGGGCCAGCCCCUUACAAGCCUCUUCCUCAGGUUAUUCCGCUUCCGGCCCACAGGGUCCUCCUCAGGGACGGCCAGCCAGUCUUGGCCCUUUUGACAUGCAACCAGGAACUCCUGGAACCCCCAGACGGGCUCAGCAGGUUGACCCCUACUUCAGGUCACAGCUGCAACAGCAACAACAGGGUCAUCUACCACAAUCACAGCAAGGCUCCCACGAGUCCUUAGGACCUCCAGAAAGUCCUCAUUCGAGAGGUCCUGGGCUUGGAGACUCACCAAUGUUCUCGCCAUCUCACAAUACUCACUAUGGAGACCCCUUCAGAGGCCAGCAAGGGAUGGGGCGGUCAGAUUACGGUUCAUCCCCGUCACCCUCCGCAGUGGCUUCCUCACCUGCAAGCACAGGGCAAUACAGGGCUGACAUGAGUGCACCCUCUCCACGUUCCUCUGCUGUUGGGAGGCCUGAGCUCUCCACCGGCUCGCCCGCCGGAAUGCUGGAGUCAGGAGACGGCUUAUUCAAGGCACCCAUGACGCCACGGAUGCACCAGGGGGACGGCGGGGGUCUUCAUCCUGGAGCCUCCCCUGGCCACCCUUCUGAAAGCUACAGGCAGUCUCCCUCCCACACAUUCUCUGACUCCCAUGCUCAUCAACCAACUCCCAGACCGCAAUCAGGUGAAAAUUGUUCCCUCGGACCCCAGAGACACUCUGUACCUCAACAAGAGCAGUGUCCCAGAAUACCCUCUAGCCCUCAGUCGCAGGGCAGCUCUCAGUCUCCCCACACUCCUGGUGGUUUGUCCUCCAAUGACGCUUACUCCGUUCAGUCCCCUGCUACGCCUCGUUUUCAGUCCCCAGAUCCUUGUUCUCAGCCACCUUCCAGACCACAGUCCAGAGACCCUUAUGCUAAUAUCCACAAGCCUCCUCGCUCUUCCUCUCUGGGUCCCGAGGGAACUGCAGGUUUCAAAACUUCACCUCAUCCCAAUCAGUCUCCGUCUGCACACCCCACCAACAGUUCUAUAGGGGAUCCUCUUUCUGGUAAACCUUCGAACCAAACACCUCCUGCUUUCAGCCGCAGCCCGAACGCGGGAAGCUUCCAAAUAAACCAACAGCAGACUCAGAUGGUUCAGGGUCAGCAUCAGCAGCCACAGCCACAAACUCAGCUGACUCUAGGAGGGGAGAACCUCGGUUCCAGAGUGCCACCUCCCUCUGGAUCUCAAGAACUACCAGCUGUCCAGCCUCCAGAUGCACCUCAUCAACAAUCCUUACCCGGCACCCAAGAAAUGCCUGACAUCUCAACAGUACAGGACCCUUCUUUAGUAGGGCUCAGCCCAUCUGAGUUGGAGAAGCACAGACAGCGCCAAAGACUGAGGGAAUUCUUAAUCAGACAACAAAUGCAGAGAAAUUCAAUAAGGCAAGAGAAAGAGGCAGCGGCUGCAGCUGCUGCUGCCGCUGCUGGCAGUGCGUCUCCAGGCUGGUCUGGAGGGGAGAUGGGGGCUUUUCAACAAGAUAAGGCAAACAGAGCACCACCACCAUAUCCACAGGAUCGGGUUUCUGCUGUUCCUGCCGGAGCUCAGGCUUCUGUGGCUGGGAAGAUGCCUAUUGCUGUUGGAGGGAUGGAUGAUAAGAUCAUUCGCCCACCACCUACCGCAACUCCUGCUAUUGUGGAUCCUAGUGCACUCAGGCUACCUGGGCCCACCAGACCUCAGGGCAUGUUUGCCCGUCCACCAUUCCCUCCUCAAUGGCAGGGGCAGGUUCCAGGUCCAAGGAGGUUUCCCCAGCCUGGUGUCGAGGCCAUGGGCAUAAGGCACAAUCCUAAUCCUGGUGUCAACAUUCAGAGUAUGGAAGGCAUGGCCAACCCUCACACCAUGAUGCCAGGACACGGAGGAGAGACAAUACAGCCUCUGGGUCAAGGACCCCCGCCACAUUUUAUCGAAUUGAGGCACAAUUCACAGAGGCUACCCCUGCGACCCCAGUUCAUGCCCCAUGGCCCCCAGCCCAGACCACGCCUCUUCAUCCCUCAGCAGGAAAUGACACAGCAGUUUGUUCAGCACCACUCCAUUUCUCAAGGUGGAGGUAUUCAAACGGAGGGAACUGGUGAUGCACAGCUGGGGUUACCACAGAGCGGAAUGUCAGUUUUACUGCCUCAACAGUCUCCAGGUUCAGUGCCCCAACAGCCCCACUUGCAGCCUCAGGCAGCUACCUCUGCUUCAAACUCUUCUAGUUCUGAGCAGCACCGACUUUCACAACCAAACCUUGUCACAGAGCCCCAGCCCGCAAGGGUAGAAAACAGUGAUGUACUACCAGAAGCUGACCUUGAGGGGCUGGCAGAUGCUCCAGGGGAUGGAGGUGUAGAGGACGAGGAUGAUUUGGCUCUUGACUUAGACCCUGACAAAGGAGAUGACGACUUGGGCAACCUGGACAACCUUGAAACAAACGACCCGCAUCUAGAUGACUUGCUAAACAGUGAUGAGUUUGACCUGCUGGCAUACACCGAUCCAGAACUUGAUCAAGGAGAUCCUAAAGAUGUCUUCUCAGACCAGCUGAGAUUAGUAGAAGCAGAAAGCGAAACGCCUUCAUCCUCCUCUGGAGCUGCACAUGUUAAAGUGGAGAGGAAACCCAAAAUGGAUUUGGCACAGAAGUCAGCAGGCUCCGCUACUGCACAGGACUCUACCAAUCAGCUGCUGCCCUCUGCAGAAACUGCUGCUUCUUCCAACAUCAAGGUAGAGGACCAAGGUUUAACUGGUCAGCUGCAGCCUGGACAAACUGUGGUGAAAGACGAAAUGGGAGAAGCCGUAUCAAUGCUACUUGGUGGAGCUGCAGCAACAGACAAGUCUGGCCAAGCAGAAAGCCAGUCUGCUUCACUCAGUUCUGUUCGAUUAGGAGGGCUUUCAUACCCCUUACCAGGCCAAGCUGAGCCUUUGCCAUUUCCUCCAGCUGCCCCACAUGGGGAUAUUGUUGAUGACCCGCUAGGUCUACCUGACGUGGGUGGGCAGCACUCACCAGCUGUAGACCUCGCCAAGGUAGAGAGCUCAUUAGAUGGAGAACUGCCUUUGUUAAUACAAGAUCUUCUGGAGCAUGAGAAGAAAGAACAGCAGAAACAGCAACAACUCAGUUCCCUCCACCAGGGAGGUAUGGCUUCUCACUUCUCUGGCAUCCCAAGUCAACAUACAAAUCCCCAGGCACCUGGGCAGAUCAUGAUGCCACACCACCAUCGUCCACCACCCCAAGGAAUGAUUACUCAGUCUGGGAUGGUACCCCGUCCUCCUCACAUGCUACAGCAACCACAGACUCAACAACAGCAGCAGCAACAGCAGCAAAGGCUUAUGGGAGCUGGAAUGGUACCCCCACCUCAUAUGACCAUGGCACAACCACAAGCUAUGAUGAGGACUGGGCAACCGGGAGUCCAUGCAGGUGUUGGUCAUCAGCCACAGACUUUGGUGAAACAGUCACCACUGGCCAACAGCUUUUUCCCAGAUAAAGAUUUGGACAAAUUUGCUACAGAUGACAUCAUGGAUCCGAUUGCCAAAGCAAAAAUGGUGGCACUGAAAGGUAUUAAGAGAGUGUUGGCUCAAGAUCCAAUGGGUGGUCCUCCUGGUAUUAACAGACAACAAGUUUCUUUGCUCGCCCAGAGGCUGGCCUCCGGCCCAGGCACAGACCCAGCUCAGCUUGCAUCUGGAAUUCCCAAAGAGGGAGAAGCGAGUGAUCCCGCUCAGUCAAGACCCAACCCUCCUCAGUUUGUGCAAGGAAUCAUCAAUGACGCAGAACAUCACCAGUAUGAAGAAUGGCUUCUUCACACACAGCAGUUACUCCAAAUGCAGUUAAAAUUCCUGGAGGAACAGAUCGGAGUUCACCGUAAGUCACGCAAGGCGCUGUGUGCUAAGCAGCGCACGGCCAAGAAAGCUGGGAGAGAGUUUGCCGAGGCCGACGCAGAGAAACUGAAGCUGGUUACAGAAGAGCAAAGCAAAAUCCAGAAACAACUCGACCAGGUGCGCAAGCAACAAAAGGAGCAUACCAACCUUAUUGCCGAGUACAGAAGCAAGCAGCAGCAGCAGCAGCAUCAGCAGGGCUCAGGCCUUCUUACCCCAGGACAUUCUGCUCAGGGUGGUCCCUCUCACAUGUUUCCCAAGAUGCCUGGUCAGAUGAUGAUGGGCCAGCAGGGAACGUCCGUAAUGGGCCAGCACCCAGGCAUGAUGCCUCAAGGUGGAAUGCCUGUCAGAAUGCCCCAAGGGCAGCCCUUUAUCGGAGGAGCCCAGUCACAGCUUCCCGCAGCCAGGGCCCAGUGUCCCCCGGGAGCUCCAGCAGGAUUCUUCCCACAGGGACCCGGGAUGCAGAAUGCAGACCCCAGGCUUCUUCAAGAGAGGCAGAUGCAACACCGAAUGCAGAUGGCAAAGCUACAGCAACAGCAGCAGGUGAUGAUGGGCCAGCAGCCAAUGCCACAUCCAAAUCAACAGCCUGGCUUAAUCCCUCAACCACAGCCUGGAAUGAUGGGAAACCAAUUAAUGACCCAACAACCAGCGAACGCACAACAGGUGAUGCUACCCAAUCAGGCAAACCAGCAGAACAUGGUGCAGGUUCCCCAAGGAAUGGUUGGAGGCCAGUCUGUGGCUCAGCCACCCCAGAACCUUGUUGGAGGGCAGCCUAUCAACCAUAAUCAAGCUAUGAUGCCGACUCAGCCUGGGAUUAUGGGUAACCAGCAACUUGUACCAUCACAGCAACAGAGGCCUCUGCUGAUGAUGGGUCAGCAGGGUGUAGUUGGAUCUCCAGAUCACACCGGCCUCAGGGCUCCGCAGGCACAGUUAACUCAACAACAACAGAAUGUUCUGGCUCAGCGUAUGCUUGUAUCCCAGCAGCAGCAACAGAACGCCGCAAAGAAUUUAGCUCACCUUCAGCAGCAGCAAAUGGUGCAGCAAAGACAACCGCCGCAGUUGACUAAUCAGUCUAGCCAGGAGCAAGGAGGACUUUCCCAACCCUCAACUCCUCAAAUGGGGUCUUCCCCUUCAGCAGGCAGUAACACCCCCCAACCACAGGGAUCUGCAGACCAGAACUCGGGGCCCAAAGACAGCGGGCUCCUCAGCCCUCAUUCAAAAACUCCUCCACAGCAAAUUGGGCCUUCCACUCCGAAUCAAAUGCCCCCAAUAAGCUCUUCAAAUGAACAUCAGUCUGAUCUGGCUCGACAACAAAUGCAACAGCAGAAGCUUCAGGGCCAAGUUUAUGUAAGUCAGCAGCAACAAUCGAAUACUCAGUCAGUCCAUGAUCCACAAACAGGUUCACUUCAGCAACAACAGCAGCAGCUUCCACUUCUUCAGAGACAAGGAUCUCUCAGUGCUGACAAGCCCAAUUUGAUGGCUGUUAAAGAGGAGGGGAAACCAGUCGAUUUCUUAUCUCAUCAACAACCUCAAACUGUUCAGAAUCCCACACAGCAGCUGCAGGAUCCCGCCAUGCGGCAGCAGGUCAUGGCCCAGAAUCACCCUGGCCAGGCUCAGCCUGUUGUGAUGGGUCAUAAUCCACAACAGCAAGCUCUCAUGGCCCAGCAGCAGAAACAACAGGCCAUGAUGGGCAUGAUGAGGGCCCAGCAGCAGGGGAUGAUGGCCCAGAGACCCGGAGUUCCUCUUGGACAGAUACGCACCCCCAUCAAUAUCCAGGCCAUCAUUGCUCAGAACCCUCAGCUCCGUAAUCUUCCCCCAAACCAGCAGAUCCAACACAUCCAGGCCAUGAUAGCGCAGCGGCAGCUCCAACAAGGACAGAUGCUGCGGAUGUCGGUGGGCCAAGGCCAGCAAAGUCAGCUGAGGCCACAAGCCCCACACGUUGGUCAGCAGAUGCACGGCAUGGAAGGUCAUCAAAUGCCAUAUGGAGCAGCAGUGGGUGGUCAGCAGCAGCCAAACAUGAUAAACCAACAGCCUGGUGUUGCGCCUCAGAUGCAGCAAGGCCUGAUGGUUCCUGGACAGCAGCCUCAAGUAGGGGAGAUGAUGCAGCAACACAUGAGAGGACAGACGCCAAUGCCACGUUCCCCGAUGGACCAGGGUCGUAUGAUGAGGCCCGCAUCUCCACGGCAGCCAUUGCCCAACUCCCCUGGAGAUCAGCAACGACACAUGUUCAACCAGUCUAUGGGAAUGCGUCCACCCACUCCCACCCAGAACCAGCAACCGGGACUGAUGUCGGCGGCGACGGGCCGCGUGCAGGGAUCUCCGUCCCAAGCUUAUUCCCCAAGAGGACCGUUUGGUAUGAGCCCAGCUCACCCAGCCUCGCCCCAUCACGUUUCCUCACCAUCUGUUGCUGACAGUAGAGCUGGGAGGGGGAGUCCAUACAGCCAAGUUAGGGCGUCUCCUCUCAGAUCACCUGGAGCCAAGAGCCCGCUCGAUUGUCCGGGACUGAAAGUAGAAUCUCAGUCUUCAGGGAUGGAUACAUCCUCAGCAGCACCAGUUAUGCCCAAUGGGCCGCAGAAAGUCUCGAACAUGCCGGAGGCCACAGAAAGCCAUGCUACUCAAACACAACAAGGGAACGUAUGCAAGAUGGCGCUGCAAAACAUCAAGCAGGAGCCAAGAGAGGUCCAGUGCGACGGAGCAGCAGAGGCUCAUCAUGGGGUUGUGAAGCGGGAGAUGAUGAACGAGAUGGUUGCCUCUGGGACUCAAGGCCCGAGGUCUGAGACGGGACAGCAGCUCCUGCAGAAGCUUCUGAGAACCAAAAACCUGCAGCUUGGCGGCCAGAGGCCGUCUGAGGGCAUUCACAAUGAGAUCAAUGGCCACAUCAACAGCAAGCUGGCGAUGCUUGAGCAGAAACUUCAAGGGACUCCACGCAACAUGGAGGAUUUACAGUCUCUGACAAAAAGGGCUCCUGUUCAAAAGCCAAAGCGCACUAACAAAGCUGCUGGAGACCGAGGGCCGGCCUCACGGAAAAAGAACAAAAAGGAAGAAGUUGGAAAAAGUGCUGAAGCCCUGAUCAAACAACUCAAACAGGGCCUCUCUCUGCUUCCCCUCAUGGAGCCUUCAAUCACUGCCAGUCUGGAUCUCUUCGCUCCGUUUGGAAGCAGCCCAGCCAAUGGCAAAGCCCAGCUCAAAGGAUCAUUUGGAAAUGCGGUGCUGGAUAAUAUUCCAGAUUACUAUUCUCAGUUACUUACUAAGAGUAAUCUCAGCAACCCCCCGACACCCCCGUCCUCCCUGCCGCCGACUCCUCCACCCUCAGUCCAACACAAACUGCUGAAUGGAGUGACCUCAGGAGAGGAUCUGUCUGAAGGGCAGAAAGUUACAGAGCCAACAAAAGAGCCACUGGCAGAUUCUGUUACAGAGGAGGUAAAAAGUGUGGAUAUUCUCGCAGCUCUCCCGACACCACCACAUAACCAGAACGAGGACAUCAGGAUGGAGAGUGAUGAUGAAGAUGCACCUGAAAGCAUCAUCCCAGCGUCGUCCCCUGAGAGCAACGUCGGAGAUGAAACGCCACGGUUUCCUCACCUGCGGGAGCCGAAAGAGGAGGAGACGGAGAGAGCAAUAUCCCCCAUCAUACCCCUCAUUCCUCGCACUGCCAUACCAGCUUUCCCAGAAAACAAACCAUUUGAAGCGCCUGAUGGAAAGGUCCUCUCUACGCCCAACCAGUGGGAUAAGACCAAGAGCAACGAGGUGUCUGUUACCUUCACGUUGACGUCCGCUGCAGCCAAGAAAUUGAAUCAUGUGAUGUUGGCCAUGGCCCAGCUGCUGAACAUCAGGAUGCCAGGUUCCUAUGAGGUCACGUUUCCUCCACAAAGCGCCGAUCUCCCUGGUGUGGAUCAACCCGGAAAAGGACCCGGCCAGUCAGGGGUGCUGUGCACCAAGAACAGCGCUUCGCCGAGCCAGGACGAGUGGCUGCGGCAGUUUGACGUUUCUCUCCCCGGCUGCACGCUGAAGAAACAGGUGGACAUUCUGUCACUCAUUAAACAGGAAUUCCCUGACAAGGAGGAAAAGCCUGUGCAGCACUGUUACACAACUAAUGUCAGUGAUCUGGAUGUGCGCCACCUCCCUGUUAUACCCGUGGAGGAGUCUCCUCCCCCGUCGCCGUCGCCUCCUCGACCCUCGACGCCUCUCCCAGUCGCAGCCGCUGACGCCGAGCCUUCCAGAAAAUCCGCUCUGUCGUCUCCGUCUCCCGCCGCUCCCGCAGACAUCCAGCUCAAGACUGAGCCCGAGCACGAUGCUGAAGCUUCUACCGACGCUGCUCAGGCGACCGACGCGCCGGCUGCUCCGGAGACGGCGACUGAUCCAACUCCCGCCUCCGAGGUGUCUGAGCCGCCGUCCGCCGCCACCGAAGAUCUGUGUCCUGCUGUCAAGGAGGAGGAUGUGGCCUCCGAUCCACCUCAGCCUCCUGAAGACUCUCCCGGCGCCAUGGAGGCUUCCCCCAAGGUCGUCAAGCAGCGGCGGCCGCUCUCGCCCGAUAUGGAGGUGAUUCAGCCCAAAGUGAAGAAGUGGCGGGGCAUCCGGUGGAAGCGGCUCCAGAUCGUCAUCACAAUACGCAAGGGCGGCUCCAAGAAAGAGAGCAGCCGGGAGGUGUCGGAGCUCAUGGAGCGCCUGCGCAUCACGCUCCGCCCGGAAAAGCUUCCUCGCGACAAGCGCAAAUGCUGCUUCUGCCACGAGGAGGGGGACGGCGCCACGGACGGGCCGGCGCGCCUGCUGAACAUCGACGUGGACCUGUGGGUGCACCUCAACUGCGCGCUGUGGUCCACCGAGGUGUACGAGACGCAGGGCGGGGCGCUGAUCAACGUGGAGGUGGCGCUGCGCCGCGGGCUGCGCACCCUCUGCGCGUACUGCCAGAAGACCGGCGCCACCAACAGCUGCAACAGACUGCGGUGCCCGAACGUCUACCACUUCGCCUGCGCCAUCCGGGCGCGCUGCAUGUUCUUCAAGGACAAGACCAUGCUGUGCACGCAGCACAAGCUGAAGGGCCCCAGCGACGACGAGCUCAGCACCUUCGCCGUGCUGCGGCGCGUCUACAUCGAGCGGGACGAGGUGAAGCAGAUCGCCAGCAUCUUGCAGCGGGGCGACCGCAUCCACCUGUUCCGCGUCGGCGGCCUCAUCUUCCACGCCAUCGGCCAGUUGCUCCCGUCCCAGAUGGCCAACUUCCACUCGCCCACGGCCAUCUUCCCCGUCGGCUACGAGGCCACGAGGAUCUACUGGAGCACGCGCGUCCCCAACAAGCGCUGCCGCUACCGCUGCCGCAUCGGCGAGGACGACGGCCGGCCGCUGUUCGAAGUGCGCGUUCUGGAGCACGGCAUGGAGGACCUGCAGUACCGCGCCACCACACCCGAGGGGAUCUGGGAGCAGGUGGUUCAUCAGGUGGCCAAACUCCGAGACGAAUCUUCCAUGCUGAAGCUGUUCACUGAGCACGUGAAGGGAGAGGAGAUGUACGGCCUCACGAUUCAUGCCGUCAUGAGAAUCACCGAGUCGUUGCCCGGAGUGGAGAACUGUCAGAACUACCAGUUCCGAUAUGGCCGGCACCCUCUGAUGGAGCUUCCUCUCAUGAUCAAUCCAACUGGCAGCGCUCGCUCCGAGCCCAAGGUCCCCACACAGUGCAAGAGGCCUCACACCCUCAACAGCACCAGCGUGUCGAAGGCCUACCAGAGCACGUUCACCGGGGAGCUCAACACGCCGUACAGCAAGCAGUUCGUCCACUCCAAGUCGUCCCAGUACCGCCGCCUGAAGACCGAGUGGAAGAACAACGUGUAUCUGGCCCGCUCCCGCAUCCAGGGCCUGGGGCUGUACGCCGCCAAGGACCUGGAGAAGCACACCAUGGUCAUCGAGUACAUCGGCACUGUCAUCCGCAACGAGGUGGCCAACCGCCGCGAGAAGAUCUACGAGUCUCAGAACCGCGGGAUCUACAUGUUCCGCAUCAACAACGAGCAAGUGAUCGACGCCACCCUGACAGGAGGCCCGGCUCGCUACGUUAACCAUUCCUGCGCCCCCAACUGUGUUGCUGAGGUUGUGACGUUUGACAAAGAAGACAAGAUCAUCAUCAUCUCCAGCCGCAGGAUCCCGAAGGGAGAAGAGCUGACAUACGACUACCAGUUUGAUUUCGAGGACGAUCAGCACAAGAUCCCCUGUCAUUGUGGAGCCUGGAAUUGCCGGAAGUGGAUGAACUAGGAAACGGAAACCCUCUCGCUGGUACCAGAGCACUCCUGCGCCAAAGCCUUUGAAUCCUACAUAGCCAGUGCAUAAGCUGUUUGGAAAGACUCGGAGGAAGGCGUUGAGCCUCCGCUACUGAAAGACUCAUAGUCACGAUACCUGUAGCCAAAGGUUUGAAGAGCAUUAAUCAUGAAAAAGCAACCGACCGCCACGCGUCUCCGCGGCGGGACUGUCGUUUAUGUUUGGACUCCUUUUCUCAGCCAAUAGAACCCUCCGGACUCUCUCCUCCUUUCAAUAAGCUGACGGUGGCUGAAAUAAACAAUCUUCGACGUUUUACCAAAUGAUUCUGACCCUCCUGCACCGUAGUGCAGCGCUCCGACUAAAAGCCAUUUAAGAAAAAAAAACAAACAAAACAAAUACUAAGAAAUGAACUGAGGAUGCAUUUUUGUGUUUUAAGUUGGACCUAUUUCCUGUCCCACCCACCUCCUGACCACGCCUCCUCCUCCUCCUCCCCCCCCAACCCAAACCCCACCUCCCAGAGAAAAAAGGCACUUUCCCCCAUUAAAGACUCACGACGACAACACGGAUAUUGGCUCGCUAGACAAUCCUGAUGUGGCUCUGUAAGAACUACACGCGAUCAACGGAGAACCCAAACAACCAACCAAGAAAAGACGUUCACAUAUGAAUUUGCGUUGCUCAUUGAUCUGUGGCUCCGGUGGCACCAGAUCUGCUGACUGUGGAGUCCCAAGUCUACCUCACUGAUUUCGCGGGAAGUGACUGCUUUGUAUAAAAAAAAAAAAAAAAAAACCUUAUUAACUGCUACUGUGGAAUUUACUCUGUGUGUGGGUGGGGGUGGGGGAGGGGGAGGGGGUGGGGUUGGUGGCGGUGGCAGUGUGUGUGUCGGGUGUUUUUAUGGGCUUCGCCUUCUCGGACAAGCAGGGAAUCUUAAGCAGCAGGUUUGCUCUAUCUACUCUAUGCUGAUGAUGAUUUACAAUAAUGAGCCAACAUAAUUAUUAUUCAUGAAUUAUUUAUACAGAGGAAAUAUAUGAACCGUUUUUGAUAAGAUAUUGCAUUAAAAUCACAAUCAAGCUUAGUGGGUGUCCUGUAUGCCACCGAAUCAUCCUGGAUAUUGAUGUAGCUUUUUCUUUUCUUUUUUUUUUUUUUUUAAUUUAUGCAUCUCAAACCAUGCUAUCAGCUGUGUGAAAGCACAAUGACAUCCACCCGUUUUCAGUUGCUGGAGACAGCGACGGCGUGGGGAUCGGAAGAUUUUUCACCCACUGUGCUGCUCGCCGCCCCCGCCAGCGGACGCAUGACUACUGUCCCGUUUGACACUUUUUAAACUCCCCCCCCCCCCACCCCCCGCUCCGCUCGAUCCCUCUGCGACACGGAACACCUUUUGAAUCAUGCCUCUUCCUCUCUGUAUUAUUUAAACGGACUGUUGUAAAAUUUACUGUAGUAAGUCUUCCUCCGCCUGAGUACAGCCUGCAGUGUUUCUACCCCACCCCCUCUUCCCCCCCCCCCCCCCCCUCUCCUCCGCCUGUAUUGUGCUUUUCUAGUGCUGGUACUGUCUCUUCGAGGCUGAACUGAUGGCAGGGAAAGACUUAUUGGAAAAAAGGGCAUUUGUUUUCAUUUCUGUGUAAGAUGAAUGAAAAAAAAAAAAAACAAGUCUUUAAAGGGAGCUUUACUAAAACUCCGCCUUCCCAUGCUACUUUGUUUUCCUCCUCCUCCCCCCUGAACCUGAGACCUCACAUGAUUUAAAAAUGCAAAGUUGUACAAACUGUAAAUAUAGUAUAUGCAUUCGGGGGACAGCAACUUCUUUAUUCAAGCCCCUUUGUAAUCAAUAAAGUUGAAAGUGUAGAAAAAUAAAAUUAAAAAAAAAAAAUGGCAAAGAAAACAAGAAAAAAAAAUCAACCACUGGAUAUCAUUUUAACAAAGAUAAAGCUGUACAUAAAUAUAAAUAUAUGUAAAAUGGCAAACUAAUAUCUUUAUGUAUAUGAACCAGAGUGUUUUGCAUUUACCUGUUUUUUCUAUUAGUGUUUUUUGCUAUAAGCUCUCAGAGACAAGUUUGUUAAAAACCGGGUGGUGCGCGAACACGUCUGGUCUUCUCCAAUCAGUCCCGACGAGAAGCCGCCGCCGAUCACCCGACCGCUUGGAGAGUCGUCAAUUAGAG